AUGAAGCAUCCCUUCCACCCUCUUCUUCUUCCUGUCCUCAUGUCUGUGUGUGUCGGGAGCAAUGGCCUUGCUGAGCAGCCAGCUAAUGAAAACUUGAGCAUGUCCUUCCUGCCUGCUAACUUCCACAAAGAAAACACAGUCACCAAUGACUGGAUUCCAGAGGGGGAGGAGGAGGAGGACUAUCUGGACUUGGAGAAGCUAUUCGGUGAAGAUGACGACUACAUUUACAUCAUUGAUGCAGUUUCCCCGAUAGACGCAGAGUCAAGCGCUGGGAACAUCCUGCAGCUUUUCCAAGGCAAGAGCCGGAUCCAGCGUCUUAAUAUCCUCAAUGCAAAGUUUGCCUUCAACCUUUACCGAGUCCUGAAGGACCAGGCCCCCACUUCUGAUAACAUCUUCCUAGCACCUGUUGGCAUUUCUACUGCCAUGGGGAUGAUUUCCUUAGGCUUGAGAGGAGAGACCCAUGAGGAAGUACACUCAGUUCUACACUUUAAAGACUUUGUCAAUGCUAGCAGCAAAUAUGAGAUUACCACCAUUCAUAAUCUCUUUCGAAAGUUGACCCAUCGCCUAUUCAGGAGGAACUUUGGGUACACGCUUCAGUCAGUUAACAACCUUUAUAUUCAGAAGCAGUUUCCCAUCCAGGAGGACUUCAAAGCUGAUAUGAGGGAGUUUUACUUUGCUGAGGCCCAGGUAGGUGACUUCUCAGAUCCUGCCUUCAUAUCGAAGGCAAACAACCGCAUUUUGAAGCUCACCAAGGGCCUCAUAAAAGAAGCUCUGGAAAAUAUAGACCCUGCUACUCAGAUGAUGAUCCUGAACUGCAUCUACUUCAAAGGAACUUGGGUGAAUAAAUUCCCAGUAGAAAUGACACACAACCACAACUUCCGGCUCAAUGAGCGAGAGGUAGUUAAAGUCUCCAUGAUGCAGACUAAAGGGAAUUUCCUUGCAGCAAGUGACCAGGAACUGGACUGUGACAUUCUGCAGCUGGAGUAUGUAGGGGGCAUCAGCAUGUUAAUUGUGAUCCCACGCAAGCUGUCGGGAAUGAAGACUCUCGAGGCGCAGCUGACGCCCCAGGUAGUAGAGAGAUGGCAAAAAAGCAUGACGAACAGAACUCGAGAGGUACUUCUGCCCAAAUUUAAGCUUGAGAAGAACUACAACCUGGUGGAGGUCCUCAAGUCCAUGGGAAUCACAAAGCUGUUCAACAAAAACGGCACCAUGUCAGGCAUCUCAGAGCAAUGGAUCACUAUUGACCUGUUUAAGCACCGAAGCACCAUCACGGUGGAUGAAGAGGGUACACAAGCCGCAGCUGUGACCACGGUGGGGUUCAUGCCGCUGUCUACCCAAGUCCGCUUCACGGUUGACCGACCUUUCCUGUUUCUAGUGUAUGAGCACCGAACCAGCUGCCUGCUCUUCAUGGGGAGAGUGGCCAACCCCACCAGGUCUUAACGGUGGCAGUCUGGGCACCUGCUGUAGUUUGGGGACACUCUGUAAUUCUGUUCUCGGUCUAACAAAGAGGACAGAGAUAUUUUGAUAUGAUAACUUACGUGGUUUAUGAUAAUAUCUGAAUUUAAGGCCCAUAUAGGAGAAAAAGUUACCAAGGACUAAGAAGCUGGCACAGUAAACAAGGCCACAAGACCACAGAAGUUAACGUACUAACUCUAGUGUCAGCCAUUCCCCAGAAUGUCCUGGCAACAUACAGAUUGCCUCAGCCCCUACUCCUGUGCCCCUAAGAGCUAACCACCGGAGUGUAUGUGAUCCUCUCUCUGCAGGUAGCCUCAUCAGCUUUAUUAUUCAAGGCUUUUUCUCAAACAGUCCCCAUCUGAAGGCUGUUCAGGCUUCCCCCUCCCAGGGAGGAUGCCCAAGCAGCACAGUUCCCGCCAGUGGAAAAGUAACCUCAACACACCUGAGAUGCUGGGACCAUCUUCUCCUCUCCUGCUGCCUCACGGGUUACCUAAGUGUGUACACAAGGCUACAGAUCCUAGUCUAGAGAUAAAUAAACAACUAUAUUUACUGUG